GGCGAUUGCUUGAUGAAGUCAAUCAUGCUGCUUCUGCUUAGUGUCCUGUCUUGGAUUUCAUUUACUUCUCAAGUUCUAGUUGAAAACCUAGACGAUGAAAUUGAUUAUUAUAUCGAUAACCUCAUUAAUCCAGGAGGAACCCUUAAAGUAAAACCUAUCAUAAGGACGGAUAAUUCGGUCUUAAUGAUAAAGGAUAACCACAUGUUAUUCAACGCAUCUGUCGGCUUGCAAGGAUUAGAAAUAGCCUAUAGUGUGAAUAUCACUUAUAAUGUUAUAACUCUUCAUUAUAAUUUGGAAGUUUCAUUCACCGGGAUAUCUCAGGAAGCAGAUUUCCUGGUAACACACCAAGACGGCCAAAGUUGUUCAGCUACUGUCACCAAUGCUCGAAUUCAAUUUGGAAACAUACAUGUGAAGCUUCGUGGAUUUUCAUCAGAAUUUUUUAAUUUUCUUUUAAAAAUAAUAUUGGAAAGAGAUGAUUUUAAAUCGAAAAUUACUGAUUUCGUCAAUGACAAAACUGAUUUAUAUUUGAUUCAUUUAAAUAAGCAUUUAAUCUUCAACUGCUAUAAGAUGUUCAUUAGCAGCUGA